CGGAUUGUCAGAGGCCGAAUUAUUUACUUUCACUGAGCGUUUAAUAUAUACGUUACAACUCUCUGGCAUGAAUUCAAAGCUAGUAAGACUAGAAUAGGUUCUCCAGCAACUUCCAAGAAGCAAUAUUCAUUUUGCAAAUACCGUUUUGUUUAGCGGGUUCAGUUGAGUGAACUUCAAGUGCUCUAAAACAUACUUUCUGUCGAUGAAUACCAUUUGUUUUUGCUUAUUAUCGUACUCAGCAGACGUAUUUUUAUAAGAAAUGGCAUAAUUUUCUUGGUCAGAGCUAAGGCGAAGAUUCAAAUACUUUACGUCAAAAAGAAUUUCAUCUUUUCAAUCAAAAUGGCUGAAGAAAACUCGACAUAUUCUACAGGUUAUCAUUAUCAUACUCUAUCCGAAGUACUUAAAAGCCCAAAAACUGCUUUGACUGCCGUGUUUUUAGUACUUCUGAUGUUGUGUACUCUGGUUGGGAAUUUUCUUGUUAUUUGGACUAUUUUCACGACUCGACGUUUGAGGUUUUCAGCGUUCUUCUUCGUGGCGAGUUUGGCUGUGGCAGACUUUCUAGUUGGACUUGUGGUUCUUCCAAUCUCGCUCGCUUAUCACCUUACUUUUGAAAUGACAGGGAGAUGGAUAUUGGGAUCAUUUACUUGCAAAGCAUGGCUUCUGUUCAACUUCUGGUUCUGCUCUGCAUCAGUUCUCAACCUCUGUCUGGUCAGCUGGGAUCGUUACAUAGCAGUGACGUCACCGCUUCACUACAAAGCGCACAUGAGCGAUACAAGAGUGCGCAAAAUGAUAAUAAUCAGUUGGACGUUGAGCUUUUCAUUAUCAAUCAUUCUUAUCGCUAAAGCAAAUUCUAGUAUAGACAAGAGGACUAACUGUACGAUACAUAGAAUCGAAGACGUUGCCUUUGCAGUAUGCGGUGUCCUUCUUGUCUUCCUCAUACCUGUAGCCUUUUUGAUAUUUGUGAACGCAAGAGUCUGGAUUACAGCUCGAAGACACAAGAAAAGAAUCACAGCAGUUGAGGAUUCGAUGCGGCUUAGUUUUAGUAACAACUGGAAUUAUAAUCUCGAGAGCAGAAAUAGCAUCGAUAUUAGUCCAAUGUUGACGCUCGAUUCCCGCGGUAGAUCUACAUCCGGGAUCCUCCACCAGAUUAAUAAUAAGAGUUCGACUUCCGAGCGAGGUGGAAAAACACUAACAAGAACGAUCAAGCAAGAGAUCAAGACAUUCAAAACCUUUCUUAUCGUUAUCGGGGUGUUCGUGGUCUGUUGGUGUCCAUUCUAUGUGUCCAUGCUUGUUGAUAUUGUCAAUAAGUUCAGUUCUUUUGUCUUUUAUAUAACCAUUGUUCUUGGUUAUUGCAAUAGUGCUAUGAAUAUUUUUAUCUAUGGAGUCUUUAACAAGGAGUUUAGAAAAGCUAUGAUAACAAGCCUCAAAUGUUGCAAAGUUGAAACAUUUUAACAUUAGAGACUGCAGGGAAAAAUAGGAAUACAUGCAAAUGAAAUUGCUCAUAUUUUUUAUAUUUGUAGUUUAUUAUUCAUUCAAUAUUUUAUUUGCGUCCUCAAUUAGUGCCAUUAUAUUAGGUGCUAGAGCGAUAAGACACAUCAAUAUAGAUUAUAUAUGUAUGUAUCUCUGCCGAAACUCACUUCCGAAAGCGCUUAUGGCUAAGAGCUAAGUGGCUCAUGAAUUAAGCGCGACUGACCUAUUGAUCGGUGGACAGACUAACGGAUGGGCGGACGGACAAAGCUUCUAAUAUUUCUAAGUGUCUGAUCAGGGUAGGCAUUAGUUUGAGCCAUUUUAAAUGCAAAUGAGUCGUUCAUAGCUUCUAGGGAUUCAUGUGGAACUUGAAAGUCACAUUCGUUAUAUAUUUUUUAUGGGCUGAACUCUUAAAUGCGGGCUCUAUCAAGGUGUCAAAUUAAUUCGAUCCUGACUACCAAUGAACCCCACCCCCACCUCUCUUUAGCCAUAUAUAGUUUUAUUCAAUUUAUAAUUCGAUCAGAGCAUAAUAAUAUUAGCUAUGAUCAAAGUAAUGGAAUUACAGUAAAAUGAGCAGUUACUUACAAACUCUGGAAUAAUGCCAACAUCUUGAAAAUAAUGAGUUGCACGAAAAGUUUCAGUCGGCCUAUAGAAAACAACACAUUGUCGAAACAGCAUUAGUACGAGUAAAGAAUGACAUACUUCGUGCAAUCGACAACAAAUGUUCUGAUAUCCUGGUCUUACUUGACAUAUCUGCAGCCUUUGAUACUGCCAACCACUCACUUCUAUUACAAAGGCUGUCAACAAGAUAUGGUAUCAAUGGUCUUGCUCUUCAAUGUUUUAGGUCGUAUUUGUCUGUAUGAUAGGCAUUGUACAGUAUGUGUCCAGGAUGGCCAAUCUACUGUCAAAUCAGGAAUUCCUCAUUAAAUUUUUGCAACUCUCUA